AAAAUAUCUUAUUUAACAUUUUUGUUCGUAUAAUUCGUAUAUCAUAAAUAGUAACGAUGGCAGAUCGUCUAACGCAGCUUCAGGACACCAUUAACCAGCAAGCUGAGCACUUUUGCAACAGCAUAGGUAUAUUGCAACAGUUCUCUACGCCAAGCAAAUUCCCCGGCUUCGAUCGUAGUGGGUCACAGACGCCGCAACAGCAACAAAACCAAGAGGAUUAUGCUAUGCUGUUUGCGACGCUUAUUUCUCGAUGCGCGAAGGACAUAGAUACCCUGAUCGAGUCGUUACCCAGUGAGGAGAGCUCGACCGAGCUGCAGGUGCAAAGCUUGAGACGUUUGGAGGCAGAGAACAAAGAGGCUGCUGAACAACUUGAGGAGGUGGUUCGUCAGGGUGAGAUUCUGCUGGAGAAGAUUCAAGGAGCUCUGAGUGAUAUCGCUCAGUGCCAGUUGGACAUGCAGAACCCUGCACUAAUCCUCAAUAAGGAUGUAAAGCCACAGUUAUAGGGCUCACGGAAACACGGUACUGAUUACCGGAGGUGAUGAUCUGAGAUGGACAAUAGUAGAGUUUUGUGGAUGUGUACUGUCUUUGCCUGUCUGUGAUGGGGG